AUGUUGCAUGCUAGUUACAUAUACGGGUCUCAACAUACGGGUAAUCGCUUUGAAUUAGCCGGGCAUUUAUGUUCUACAACGUACUGUCGGAGUGACGUCAACUUCUUUGUUUCUACUGCUACGAGGCCAUUUACUGCGGUUUUAGGGAUCGUACUCUCCCUAACGACUGUUUUCACUUGCCGCGUGGACUCGACUGGUAUUCCUGAUGUCUCUAUAAGCGAAAUAACGAGCGAGGGAGGCAGCGAAGAGGAUGGAAACGACGUUGGAAGCGGAUUUUCCGUUCAAUUGUUCAAGGAUGGGAGGACGUUGCAGCAUGCCAAGAGACUUUGCUAUGGAAUUCGUCAGGAUGGGAGGUUGCUUGUGCAAUGGACGGCGCUGCUGGUGAAGGACGAGCUGUUUAUUCAUGUGCCGGAGAGCGCUGUACCUGAAGGGGGAAAGGAGUGCUUUGUUUCACUCCUGGAUUAUGCAGAACUGGAUUUGAACUGCCAGAAGGUCUACGUCUGCUGUAGGAAAGAGAGACGUGAUCGAGCGGACGUUCUCAGAUCGUUUGCCUUCCUCGGCUUUGAAGUUGUUCCUCCCGGUCUUUCUCCAGUUGAAAACUCUAAUGUGUUGGUGAUGGUGAUGCCUCUAGGCUGACAGACAUAGAGUGUUCUUUCAAGUCUUGUGUAGUUUUAAGUCCCACCAUUUUGUUACCACAAUGUUGCAGUUACAAUCAGUUCUUAUGUAUCAUCACUACUGCACAGUACUGAAGUUCAGUUAUGUGAAUACUUUUGUGCACUGGAUAGAUUACUUUUGUCGGGAAUGGAUGCACACAAGCAGUUCUUAUUACCAUUACUGUUGUAGAGAACGUUACUCAUGGAUUAUGAAAU